UUAACGCAUUCAGAUAUCUUAAAUAGGAACGUAUACUUUUAAAACUAGAAAUCCGAAACCGCUAGUAAUCUUUCUAGACCCAAAUCAUCGGUGACUGUGAAUGGAUACAGAAAUGUAUCUAAACGAACUACAACCACUUCACACAAAGAUCCUGGUCAACAAUACAAGCGUGUGAUGUAUGUUAAUUGGUACUGCUGCUGACAAUAUCAUCGAGAUGUCUCAACACUCGGCCACAUUGGAAUGUAGUAUUUGUAUGUCGGAUUUCAACGAACCUCGAUUUCUCAGUUGUUUUCACUCUUUCUGCACUCCCUGUCUGGAACCCAUACUACGGAAGUGGUCUAGGAAAGGAAGCUUUCCUUGCCCAAUGUGUAGAGCCGAAAUAGUUAUACCUCCCGAAGGAGUGAAUGGAUUCCAAAAGAACUUUUACGUGGCACAACCAAAACCUAAAGCCAAAACGACUGUGUACAAGACACCAGAAACUGAUUUCCCGUGCGAAAUUCAUUCCACGCACACGGUUUACAUUUACUGCAUACCAUGUAAACAAAAAUUGUGUGUUAGGUGUAAGGAGGAACAGCACGUGGACCAUGAUGUGGAAUAUAUCUCGGUUGCUUCCGAGAGGGAAAGGCUCAAAAUGGCAGAGGUAACUAAAAAUGCCCAGGAAUUCCUCGGAUCUGUUGAGGAAACACUGGCUAAUGCUCACACUGAAUAUUCUCGGAUGACUAAAGAAAUAACAUCGCUGAAACUAUCGGCGCGUGACCAUGCUGAGAAAAUGAAGAAUGCAAUUGAUAAAGACCUUCUUGCGUUAGGAAAGCAUCUUGAUUCCGAAAGAAGAGCAAGGAAGAAAAAACUGCAGCAAUUCGCUUUAGAAAUGGACGACAAGAGGAAAUCAGUCGCCAGUGUCAUUCAAAAAAGCAGUGCAACUGUCAUGAACGAAUCAGAGAUCGAUAUUCUAGAUAACAGUCGUUCUAUCAUGAAUCGAUUCCUUAGCCUCGUUCGAGAACGCAUAGAAUAUCCUCGCGAGGAAUACUCCUUCCAACCACGUGAAAUACCAAAUCUUGGAAGCAGGGCUAUUGGUGAUGUGUUAAACCAAUCUAUGUCGGCUAUAAGUGUUUCGAUUCCAAAACGAGUCCUUUACGUUCCUAUGUUCGAGGUCAAGGCCAUAUCUUCAUUUAAGACCUUGAGCGGUGAGAACAAGGUGACGAGUAUUGCGCCCAUUUCCAGCACGCUAGCAUGGAUCUGUUACAAUAACGGUAAAACAAUUUACCUGUGCAACAAGGAUGGCGUCGAAAGGAAACGAAUAGCACUUCCAGGAAAAGUAGCGGAUAUUUCUGUCAGUCGCGAAGGAAAUCUAACGAUAACUAGUCACAAUGGCAACUUCAUUUGGCAAGUUGACAAGACAUACACGGGAAUAGUUCGCGAAGACACAUUUCCUCAUAAACCGCGAGAUAUAUGCUCGAGCACCAAUGGUUUAUACGCUACAUUCAUUGUAUCUGCGAAUCUUCUGAACUUUGAUAUGAAAGCAAAACUCGUAAAGUUCGACGGAGAUAUGUCAAGUGAAAAGGAAAUCCCCAUCACAGAAAAGGAUGACAACAUCCUCAAAUCUCCCAGGGGGAUAUCCGAACAUGCGAAUGGAGAUUUGUUGAUAGCCAAUUAUUGUGGAAACAACUACUAUGAGAUCGUUGUAUUUUCGCCUAGCUUGCAGAUUCUUGGGAAAUUUAAGUGCGAGACAUCGGAGACGACGGAUGUUUUGAAGCCGGCAGCUAUUUGUUGUGACGUGUUCGGAAAUACAUUUGUGUCCGAUUCAGAUAAAGGGAGAAUAUUUCUAAUGGACAAGCAACGAGAUCGAUUUCGACCAUUUCUUGGACCAGAACAUGGUAUAACAUGUCCAGGAGCAAUCGCCGUUGAUGGAACGGACCAUCUGUGGGCGAGCAAUUCCGAUACGGGGACAGUAACAGUGUUUAGGUACAUGAAAUGACUCGAUAGCAGUACAUGUGUCAAUAACUGUUACUUUUAUGUACGGACGGUUGGACGCAGGGCUACAUGUACGUGCCCAAUUGGUCACUAGCUGGAGCCCUGGCACUGUGCUGUUUCCUUGAACAUGGUACCUGAACUUCACUCUGUUUUGUUCCAUAAAACUCAGAAGUUAGUGCAUGGUAGGACAGUGCAAGAAAUGUAUGUUAGCUGUUGUCACCAAAAGAAAUGGCAGCUCCGGCUGAGACAGUAUGCACCUCAGGGAGUUGAGAAAGACAUGCAUUAGCUGGUUGCGAAAGGCCCAAUAACCGCCGAUAAUAAUUUGUGAACUGUUUUAAGACGGCUUUGAUUCUGUGAUAUAGCGGUGUAUGAAACCUCAAAUUAUUAUUGAUUAUAUUAUGUCGCAGCUGACACGCUAUAUUUUGUACAUACAAAUGUAGAGAAGAUCUUGCAUGUAUUGUGUUGUGGUGCGUGGAAUAGGUUUUUGAAGUGGUUAAUAUAUGAAGAAUGGUAAACAGAAUCCUGAUAAUUAAUCACCGGUAGUAGCUUAUUUUCUGCUCAAUAUUCAAUUUUAUAAUCGGCUCAAUUUUGGGUUUACAAAAUGCUUACAGAAUUGAACGGAGUUCUGAAUAUUAAUCUUUAUCAUAAUAUUGCUGAUAAUUUCAGUGACAAAUUUUAAUUAGAAAAAUAACACAGACACAAUGUUUGUGUUUAAAUCACCCUUGAUUGAUCGUCUUGAAUUUGAUGUGUUUUAUUAUUAUUA